CGUGUUCUUUGUUUUACACAGGACAAUCAUGGUAAACUUAUUAUCCUGUGUGCUCUAUGCCCUGCUAACAAUGUCAUUCAGCAAUGUGACAUUGGCCCGGUGGAGAAAUCGUCAUAUCAUUCGAAAUACGGAGUCCGGGAAAGUGAGAGGAAACCUUACCUGGUCGGGACAGUCUUACGUCGGAAUUCCAUACGGAAAGGCUGAAAGGUAUUCGUCCUCUAUGUCUUUUGGUCAGUGGGACGGCAUUAGAUCUGCUGAGCAGUAUGGUCCUCAAUGUUACCAGCCGAGCUUUCUCUGUAGCCUCGCUCCUGACAGCUGUAAUAAAGAGAUGAGUGAGGACUGUCUGACGUUAAACAUUUACACCCCUAGAAGAGCCAAAUACAGCCCACGCAGAGGCAGUCGCCAGAAGAAAUAUGCCGUUUUGGUGUGGAUUCAUGGCGGAUAUUACCAGGCGUACACCGCCGGAAGUCCUUAUUAUAAUGGCCUGAAGCUUGCUUCAUCCGCCAGAAUGAUUGUUGUUACCUUAAACUAUCGUCUAGGCGCUCUUGGGUUUCUGAAAGUACCUGAUGUACAGAGCACUGGUAACUAUGGCUUUUAUGACCAGCGUCUGGCAUUACAAUGGGUACAAAACAACAUCCACUAUUUCGGAGGGGAUCCAAACAGGGUGACGUUGGGCGGUGAAAGUGCUGGCGCUCACGCGACACUGUUCCAUAUGAUGACGCCGGGGUCUCGGUCUCUCUUUCAACAAGCAAUAUUAAUGUCAACUCCAGGAAUCGAAGUCCCAACCACUGACGUUGCAGAUAGAACCGUCGCCGGUUUAUUGAACGGACUAGGCUGUGAUACCAGUAACGAUAAACUAGAAUGCCUGAGAAACAAGACCGCUGAGGAAAUCGUCACACAGAGCUUGCUUUUACCACCCACUCAAAAUUUUCUGCAAGGUUUCCAGCGCUUUGGGGUCUACAUCGAUGGGCUGGAGAUCACAGAAAGCUUUUAUGACAACACUGACGCCAGAAACAAAUUUGGAGACAAACCCGUCAUCAUCGGAACGUCUGCCUAUGAGAGCCUCAGUUUGACCUACAGUAGAUUGACCUCUCCAGUUCCCGCCCCAGCGUAUGGUGCAGUGGUGGGUCAAUGGCGACCAGCAAUAGUUUCAGAAACACAAAACUUGUACGCAAGUUCACCUCGCUCAAAUACAGAUAUUCGUCCGGAAAUCGCAGAACUACUUACUGACGUCAUAUUUACGUGCCCAGCCCGGUUAUUUGCUGAUAGUAUAUCUACAGACAACAAAGUUUGGCUCUAUGUAUUUGAUCAGCCAAAUCUGGACUCCUACAUACAACCCCUCUCAUGUGAAGACAGGGCUUGUCAUGUUGAAGAUUUCCCUUACUUCUUCCGCCACCCAGACCUUGUUCCAGGUAAAAAAGACAAUUUCUUCUACCGUUUGUCCAAUUUGAUUGUCGGAUAUUUUGGAAAUUUUGUGAAGUAUGGUAACCCUAACUCCCUUUGGAGAAGACCGAAAUGGGCAGAGUACCAAACAAACGGUUUCUCAGGGAUGAGAAAUCUUACCCUGGAGCUUCAGUACCCCGACCCUCAGAUCAUAGCCAACUUUAGAAAGGCCAGGUGUGACUACUGGGAUAGAGUUGGAUACGAGAAAGAGUCAACUUAAAACAUAUACAGGGUAUAAAACAUUGAAAAAUGUGACAUUAAUGUUUUUGGUCAUGAAUUUUAAAUAAAACAAUUCGACA